CUCCUCAGGUGGAUCAGUUUCCACAGAUAGAAGGUGUGGUGGGACGCUUUUCCGGUUCGGGCACAAAUCCAGCAGAACUUCCUGUUGUCAUCAUGGCGUCUUUAUGGGAUGACUUGGACAGUCUCGUGAAUUCCCCUUCAUCUUUCACAGCAACAACAGGAGAGAGAGGAACCAUCAAGCCCCAAACUAACUUCGACGCAGGAGACGAUGCAGUGGCUCUGAGGAAGGCCAUCGAAGGACUUGGGACCGAAGAGAAGACUCUGAUCGACAUCUUGACCCACAGAAGCAGCGCUCAGAGGCAGCUCAUCUGUGAAGCUUAUCAGGAAGCCACUGGAAGAGCGUUACAGGCCGACGUGGUUUCGUCUCUUUAUUUAACUGUCCCAGUGCAACAGCAUGUGAUCUAG